AUGCGUCCCUCAACAGCUUCUCGGACAACGUGGCUAUGUCCUAACCCAUCAGAAUCGCAUUCAGCAUCUCCGCCUCGUGACAGACGCCAACUGUGCGUUCAAUUCCCAGAGCCCAGCGCUCGCCCUCCAGGAGCUGAAAUCUUUAAAGGAAUUUCUUGGACAGGAUUACGGACAUAUUCUGACUUCAUCGCACUUGGCCUGGCACUGCAGCAGAAUGCGCACCAUUUGGAAGCCCUGCAGCUCGAUUUCAUCGACUGGGAGUUAGUCAAGGAACACUGGGAUGAUAUGGAUGAUGAUAUUACAGAUUUCUUCAGAUUCGUAUUGAGAGUACGCCCUCAGUCAACUGAACUCCGAUUUCCAGCCAUGGAAAAACUGUCGCUGUCUGGUCUUGAUCUAACAUCGCACUCAUGUGGAGUUGCAUAUGCUGUGAAUGCUGCAUCUCUGCGGUCCGUUACUAUUCGCCGAUGCCCUGGCUGGGAGCUGUUUCUGCAACAGUUGAUAGAACCAAACUGUGCUCUUAAUAUAACGUCACUAGAGAUAUAUCAGCCAGUCGGAUUGCUGGGUAUAGCCGAGAAUGAGGAAGAAGAGAUUUUGCGAAACUUUUUGGAAAGCAUUAGUGGGUUAGAGAGCCUUUAUCUCUCCCUGCCCAGUCCGACGGAUACAAAGGCCUUGUGGAGAACGGCGGUGCGACACAAGGCAACUCUCCGACGGUUCAUUUACCACGCCAGAAGCGUGAAUCUUGACGAUGAGUCUGAGCUAUUUGAAGAGGAAAUGGACCUCAAUGAUAUGGCGCUGUUGAGUGACUCGUUUCUGGCUCACUUGAGCGUCGACGAAGAUUCUGACGAAGAAAUGAAGUUUGAAGAUGAUGCCUGGUUCACUGAGCAGUCCCCAAACCCACUGAGUGAGCUGACUCUCGAAUGUAUCGGGCUGGCGUGUCAUCCCCGCCGAUUGGUAUUUAAAGAGGUUAUAGAGCCCUUGUCUCUCAAUGACAGUUUACAGGUCCUUCAUAUUAGGCAGUCAGGGCCAGACAUUAGGAAAUUUGGAUCUUCGGUCUUCCACCAGAUCCAUUUAGACGAUGUUACCUUGUUUGGGGACUGCUCGGGCCUGGGACGGCAAGAGAUUUGCGAAGAUGGUAUGCUAGGGUGGGUGGCUCGGCAAUCAGUCGUGGCUAACAACCAGAACAUCCUGGUCACGACAAUCUUGUCUGAUGACCUUCGCCAAUUUGCGGAUUGGGCUUUCGGGCCUAAUGGAGUUGCGUCUCUCCGUUUGUUAGCAUACGGAGAUUUCUCGUGCCGAGGGAGGUUCGCGGAUAGCUGCUUCAUGUUGCGCAGAGCCUUCUUGACAAAUGGCAACCAGAGUCCGUAUCAGUUCUACUUUCAAGACGUGCAGCGGGACAUAGACCUUGACGAGCUUCUGGAUCGACACGCCGAAUUUCUCGAGGCAUGCCCCACGAAUGCUCUUCUUCUGGAAAGAGAAGUCUUCAAACCUCGAUCCACCCGGCACGUGCAGCUGGAGCUCUGCACAUUGGCCCGGAUGUGA